AUGGGUAAAAGGGAAACAUAUGUUGACCGUGCUCCGAAUGAUGCGGAAGUAGUCAGUCGAAUAUAUACAUUCCGGCAGAGAGCACGAGCAUCCUGGAAAAUCACAGCACGACAAAAGGAAGAACUACGAAUGCUGAAAAACUAUCGAAGUCACAGACGAAAAAGGACAAGAAAUGUGUCAUCAAUAACAACGACAAUAGCGGAAAAUGAGAGUUUACAAGCAACGACAGAAUGUGAAGGUGUCCAACAAGAAGUUGAUGAACAGGAGGUAACAGUUGUGCCGCUGAAAUUUAUUUUAAGACCGAAUGAAACAGCAGUAUCUCCAGCUGGAUCUACUGCGCUCAUUUCAGUGAAAUCAAGGAAAUCAACUAUGGGACAAUGGCGAUGUCAUGGUCACAAGGCAGAGCUGGGAGGGAUGUUAAUUGAAAUGGUGGUGUCACUCUGCCGUGGCAGUCCAUCACCCACGGAUCGACUGGAUCGGAAAUUGAUCGGUGCAAAGGACGUCGAUAUCUUGGCUGAAGUUUACGUCGAUUUAAGUUGUUUUUCAGAUAGUGAAAUGCAAGGUAAUCUCUCGAGUCAGCAGUUCCAAGCAAUGACAACUCAUUUGGAUCACUGUCUGAAUGCUUUGCGCUUACUUCGGAACGAGGUUAUAUCUGUGCAUCGCCGAAUAAUGGAAAGUAGUUGGGAAAGUGAUCCCUCUGAUGGUGAAAAGACGCUAGAAGAAAGACUCGAUUUUAUCAAUCAGAUUUACGAUAACUUGGAAUCGCAUACCAAACAAUUGCCAGUCUCAACACCUAUAACAGUACAGAUGGAACGUUUAAGUCGAUUUCUACAUGAUGGGCAGAUCGAUCCACAUACUGGUGAAUUAUACGAUAAAGCGCUAGAAGCAGCAACAUGGAUGGAAACAAACAAUCAAUUAUUGCAAAUGUAUGCGGAAUUUCUACGCACUGUUGUGGGUAAUCGACGACGAUCAAUAAUGACAGACCGACCAAUAUCAUAUUCUAAUUAUGGACUAAAUUCAUCACCGCAAAGUAUUUUUGAACAAACACUGACAGUUGUACUAAAGGAUCCAAAUAUUAAGAAAAUUGGUCUUGUUGGACGAUAUCUGGAAAAAAGUACUCUAUCAGCUCUUGUUGAAUUCAAAUUUGGGCAGGUGAUCGAUAAACAGUAUGUAUGUUUACUCAAAAUGCUUAUGGUUGUCAAUAGCGGGCUGCCGGAAUUCGUGCAAAUGAUUGCUCCUCAUGAAGAAUGGUCCUAUUUGGAUGUUGGCUCUUCUCAGGUUGACAUUCAUAAUGAAAGUCGAUAUCUAGUAUAUCGGAAGAUGAGUGUUCAGGCAAAUAUACAUUUGAUGCAAACAAUAAUGCCUUGUAUUGAUAUUCGAAAUGCACACACACUUUCAUAUGUCCUAAAUUUAUUCGCAAAAUUUUCUGGAGUAUUUGAUAUAAAAUGUCGUGUUUGCAAGAAAAUAAUGAAAGACUAUUUACCGCCAUUGAUGUUCGACCUUCGAUGUCCGAAAAAUGCAUUACAUGAAUCAUGUCGAUAA